UGGAUUCAUGUACUGCGCAUAUUUUAUUGCAUAAGUUCCAAUCUGCCGAUCUGAUAAUGGACUCCACAGAGCCUUCACUGCUUAAUUUCUUCAAAUCGGAGAAGGUGUUGGGCUCUAGUUCGAAGCCACUGAAUUCGUCGCCGGCGGUUGAGAUUCCGGUUGCGGAUCCAUUGACUUCUAAGACCCCCCAGAAGCCCAUCAGUGCUCCUCGGCAGAGCAAAAAAGGCAAUGCCGCCUUCUCUUUGAAACAGGUCAGAGAAGCUGCUCAGAAGCUCCAUAAUUCAGAUCCGGUACCAUCUGCUAACGACGAUCCAUUCGCCGAUCAAAUUUUGAGGCACCCCGGACAGCAUGCUGUUUCUUUUCCUGAAUCUUCUGUUACAAAGCCUAGGGAGCCAAACAGUUCAGCCAAGCUUCCAGAAAAGUAUGAAAUGUUAGUUAAAUUCUUCAAUUGCCUGGAUAGUUCUAUCAGAUUACUAAAGAGGAAGGGAUCAUUGACAACAUUUACCAAUAUUAGACCCAAUAUUGAGAGCUUGUCUGACAGGAGGUUUACUCGCAGUCAUCUUGCGCAGUUGAAGUUUAUUUUACCAGAGGCCAUUGUAUUAAAGGAGGACCGUCUUUGGGAUGAGCUUACACUAUGUAUGAAGCCUGAUAUAUGUGUUACACUUGAUGCCAGUACAAUUGUGAGUGAAGUAAAGACAAAAUCAGGCAGCACCAUUAUAGAUAUGAGAAAAGUAUUUCGAAAGAGGCUUUUGGAUUUUAUCCAAGACCAUCCACGGGAGCAUCCUGACAUUCCAGAGGAGGAAUUGCCAGAACCAUUCAAUAAACCAAAACAUGGCACUUUGAGGAAGGCACCAAAUGAGGUCUUGUCUGCACAGAAGCAUAAUGUGGGCUCCAACCCCAACCCAUUCGACCCACCAGCUUCAUCUUCACAUCUGCCUCAUUCGUUUAAGCGCAGCUUCUCUAAAUGUGACCAAACCAAUACAGAAUCUUUUGCUAACUCUCAUCAUAAUGAACUACGCUUAAAACCCAACUGUACCAGAUUCCCUCCGCAUCCAAACACUCCCAUAAAGGAUCUACAUCAAUCCAUAACUGAAGAAAGAACUCCAGCUAAGCCUGUAUCCACAACAGGAGUGAUGACUUCUACACCCACGCCCCAACCUCCUCCUAGGAGAGGAUAUAUGAGUCCUCAGGGUGAUUCAUCUAAGCCCCCAAACAAACUGUCAAAGCGCCCUUUGAACUUUGAUUCGCCAGUGAAGAAUGAAGUCGGUGAGGCUGGAACAUGUUCUUCAGCUUACCGUGAUAUGCUGGGUGUUCUUUCUGAGAAUAUUUUGGAAUCAAUAAGAGAAAAAGAAAGGAAGGCAUUAGAGGAAAGAAAUCCUGCGAUCUCACAGGCAAAGUGGAGAAAGCAAAUGGUUGCAGGCCUACCUAAAAUGUUCGACACAAUUUAUUUCCUAUUCCAAUCCAUCCAACGCCCAGUUAUCAGAAAACAAGAGCUUAUGAACAAAAUACUUGCGAACUACAUAGACAUUAUUGAUAGCAGAGAAGCUGAAGAGCAACUCAGGUUACUGUAUGUCCUAGCACCAGAGUGGAUUUAUGAAAAGAUGUCCUUAAGAGGCGAUCUCCUAGUUUGGUAAGUGUAUGAUAUUGCUCGUCUCCAGUGUUUUUAACUUGUUUUUACUAUCAAUGUAUCUGAACUGAUUUCAUCUUGUGCAGUGUUAACAAAAUACAAUCCCCAGACUCAAUACGGAUGAGACUGGCAGAUGCAAUUUGAGAGGAGAAUGAUGAUUGAGGCCUUAGUUUUUGUAUAUUAUUAAGUUAAUAUUUUUUUCAAACUUUAUCUUUUAUUAUAUGCCUUGAAGUAGUGAGCUUAAUUUGAUAAUGCUCAGUAUGGCUCAAUUAGGCCUUGAGCUGUAACAGCUUGACAUUGUUAAUAUUGACAACAAAGAUAAAUGCCCCUUCAAGAUGUGCAAAUGGAAGUAUGUGAUAUAUGUUGUGUUUUCGUUUAUAGGUAUACAUACUUAAAAA